AUGACCGACUUUGACAAGUGUGAUACCGCUAGAGUAGGCCGUAAGAACCAAGUUUACUCGACAAUUACUGGCGCAAGGCUUGUGGCAGGGUGCGUUUGCCUCGACGAUUCGAAAAAACAUGUCCUUUUGAUCCAAUCGUCAGCCCACAAGAAAAAGUGGGUUCUGCCGAAAGGCGGUGUAGAAUCGGAUGAACCAGAUUACAAAACUACUGCAAUGAGGGAAACUUGGGAAGAAGCUGGUGCGUUGGGCACUAUCGUACAAGCACUGGGACCUAUCGAGGACAUGAGGCCUCCAAAAGACUGGAAUAAAGACAUUAAAGGAUUCGAAGAAGCUCCUGAAGAUGUGCAAGUGAGCAAACAUCCACCUAGGUCCGAAUUCCAUUUCUACGAGAUGAAGGUUGAAUCUUUAGCUGACGUCUACCCGGAGGUGAAAAAACGCACCAGAAAAUGGUUUACUUAUCGGGAAGCCAAGGAACAACUUUUGAUUGCCAAGCGGCCGGAACUAGUGGAGGCGCUGGGCCGUUCUGGUAUUCAAAAAGAGUAG